GAAUGUUCCAGAUAGUUUGAACCAAGUGCUAACCCCGCUUGUGUGACCGCCGUAAUGAGAAGCUAAGUAUGGGUUGCUGGAUGAGUUUAUUUCAGGCUUUUGUUUGCUCAGGCAAACACAGAAAUGGGAAGCGUCAAGGCGAGACAGAGAAGUGUGCCGGCUUUAUUUGCUUGGGCGUAACUCACUAUUUACAGCCAGGCAAAGUAGGCUUAAUAUACAUGAAUAGGGUAAGCGAUACAAAUACACAUAAAAAGUCAAGGUUAUAUGUGAUUAAUCGACAUGGUAAAAAUAUGGUAUUAACAGUAACUUGAGAAGAAUGAGUUAAUUGGUCUGUCCGAAAGCUAGAAUAACUGGUAUGGGCGUAACAUAGUACUAGAUAUUACAAGUCCGUGUCUUAAGUAGUGAAAUCUAGUUAAAUGUCACACUCCACGUAUCGUCCUACUAUAUUAUUUCUUUUGAUUUUCUAGGCAACUGUUCAUGGGUGCUAUAAAUUCACUAAUAGAUACACCAGGCGGUUAUUCUGUUCUUCAGAAGAAUUCAGAAACUCGUCAUUGUCGUUUUUGUGGGUCUGCUUACAAUGAUGUUUGUACAAAGGAUAUUCACACGUCACGUUUGGAAGAUCAUUAUCCUGCUGAGCUCUGUGGUAUUUGGCUGGGAAGAUUGUAUUCAAAUCAGAUGAAAGAAAUCCGUAUACAUGGAGACUUCACAGCUUUAUCUGCAACUCAAUCACACUGUACUGAAACUGAAGGUAAUUUUGACUCAGUAGGAUCUCCACUGAUCACAUUACCAAAGCGUUCCUGCGCCCCAACACGGUCACAAGUUUCAACGUUGCUUCGACAUUCUGACACCACAAAAAACCAAUCCACAUUGAAGGACUUUUUUUCUACUAUGGAUAUUCGUAAUUCAAGUUUAGUUCAGUAUACAGAACUUGAAGGUUGUCAUAUUAACGGGUGUUUGUUCGUAGAACAUGGGAAUUUGGUUUUCCAAGCUGUAAGCAAGAGGUCACAUGUUCCAUUUCUGCUCAUCGAUCAACAAAUGCUGGGACCAACUAGCGACUGUGUUGCUCCAAUAUUUCAUCAAACUAAUAGAGAACGAUUCCUUGACAAUCCGAAACUGCAUUGCUCAGUUCAGCGUCCAUUACCGAUUUCUUCAUUUCUUGAAAAUGGUUCUCAUUUGGGGAAUUCAGAUACGGUUGGACAGAAAUGUUCAGCUUCACUAGUGGAUAAUCCUUAUGUAUCGACAAACAGGUACCCUGAAGAUGUCAAACCUCGUCUUCCACCACCACCUUUAAGAUUGUCAUGGCCGUUAGUCACUUUACGUCGUUUCGGCUUCUAUGGCAAUAGUUUGUUUAAAGUGGAAACAGGUAGACGAGCUCCACGCGGUGAAGGACUGUACUUAUUUCGUAUCAAACAUUUACGAGAAUUCAGAAAGUCAUUUGAGACAUGUGUUCAUCAACAUAGAGAUAAUCUAUCCGUUCAUCAAUUAUCAACAUCUAUUUCUGAAAGUCGUUCAUUACUACGAAGUAAUAAUAAUAAUAAUGGAAAAUUAUCAUUCAUUAUGCCAUUUAACAAAAUUUUCCAUAAACAAUCAUCAAUAUCAUUAAGUACUACACCUAUAUUAAAUGAUUCAAUCAAUGAAAAAAUAGAUCGUAAUCAAUUCAACGAAAGAAAUGAUCAUAAAAACAUAAUUGAUAAUCAUGAUACAUUUCAUCAUUAUCAUAGAUCAUAUCCGCCAGUUUUAACAGAACGUAAUAAUUUAGCUUUUUCAUUUGAUGAUACAGAAAUUGAUCUUCUUCAAAAUCAGACUAUAAAAUUAAUGAGUAAUAAUAAUAAAAAAAUUCAACAAAAACAAGAACAUCAUGAUCGUGUAUCAUCAAAUUGUUUACAUUGGCUUCAACUACAGAAUUCAUCAAAUCAUUUUGGUAAUAAUGAAAAUAAUCAACAUGAUAAUCACACAAACAAUGAUCAUUGUAAUAAACUACAACAUAGUUUUAAAUACUCUUGUCCACAAUUAACUGAUAUUGCAUCAAUGAAUCCAAUUAACUGUAAUGAUGAUGAUGAUGCUACAGCUACUAGAAGCAAUAUUACUCAUCAAUGUCAUCAUGUCGGUAGAGGAUGUUGUCAACGUAGUGGUGGUAGUUGUUUUUCUGUUCAUCGAUCAAAUAAUCAUCAUUCACAUUGUCUUGAUAAAGACACAAAGAAUGAUACAAUUGUUGAUAUCGACGAGUGUAUUGUUAAAGUUGAUGAAGAUGAUGAAAUAUCUAAUCUACCUGAAGCACCUUUACCACCUUUAUAUAACAAUUCAUUAUCUUAUUGUGAUAUCAUACAAGGACAAAGUGUAUGUUAUCAACGAAUUUAUGAUAACUUAAUUACUGUCAAUAAUGGGAUGAAUGAUACUACUUCUAAUAAUGAUAACGAUAAUUGUUGUUGUAGUACAGUAAGGCGUUCAUUGCCAUCAAUGACAACGCCAACAACACCUACAGUUUGUUUCACUCAUCAACUGUCUAACGAAUACAGUGAUAAUAAUAAUAAUAACAAUGUGGCAGAAAUUAAUAAAAAGACCAAUGUAAAUGGGCAAACACAAAUUGACGGGGUUGGUCCUGUAGUAUUAGCAUUAGAAAAAGUUGAUUCAACGCCAUCUUUUGGAGAACAAAAAUUAGCACAUAUCAAUGAUUGUAACAAUCCACCUGUUCUGUUGAAAAAAUCAUUGUCAUCAGAUAUAAAUCUACCAGAAAUGAUCGAUAAACCUAGUUCAAUUAUAUCAAACAAUUCUACAACAACAACAACUACUAGUGAUGAUAAUAAUAAUAACUCGAAAGAACAUGAUGUAAUGAGAAAGUUUAGGAACAAAUCUCAAACAUUAAUUUUACCAAGAUUGCCAUCAAUAUCAGCAUCAUCCAAAAUCUACUUACAUUCAAGGCAUGCUAGUCUACCAAAUCCAAAUACAUGUAGUAAUACUGUUAUCAUUGGUGAUGGUAUUAGCCGUCGUGAACAUAGUUAUGCUAACACUGGUGCUAAUCAUAGUCGACAAGAAUAUAUGCCAUUUCGUGUAAAUAAAAAGAUUCCAUCUGAUUAUUUAUGUAAGAUACAUCGUAAUCUUAGUAAUUCUUCAGACAGAAAGAAUUCUGACAUGCUAGAUAUGAUUACUGAGUAUUCACCGUAUUAUAAUUUGUCGACAAGUCCUCAGACUUUAACUCAAAUUCAGUGUACUGGUCUGUGCACUUCUCAAACAAUUACUUCAUCGCUACCUGGAGAAAAUAAUCAAAAGUGUAUUCAUUCAUCUAGUGUUUCGUGUUUACCUACUGAUUUCACAUCCAACUGUACAUCUUCAUCUUCUGCAAAUCAUCCCGUUUCAGGGGAUAAUAUAAAUCGUAUAUCAUAUUGCAGUUCAUAUUCAAAAGAAUCACCUAAUCAGACUGCCCGUAAUCAACCCUCACCAUCGGUAGCAUCAUCGUCUGUAACAAUAAGUACUAAUAUUUCUGUUACUACUACUAAUACUACUACUGCUGCUACUACUACUUCUCCCUCAAUAACAACAUCUACCACUACCACUGUUCCAUGUAGGAUAGGUAACUUAGGCUGUCUUAAUAAUUUUGAAAAGCCUACAAGUAUGCUGCACUAUGCAACAUUAGAUUUUGGUAUCAUCACUCCAGAAACAUCCCAUUACAGGAAUGAAAGUUAUCCCGAUAUGAAUACUGUUCGUUGGAAUAACAAUAUCCACGAUAUGGAUAAUACACAUACCGGUUCCAGUCGCAAUCAGAAAAGUUGCAGUAUGAACAACACUGUUGCUCAUGCCAGUAACAAUAAUAAUAAUAAUAGUCACAGUAAUCUCAAUGAUAAUUAUUCUUCACAUAUUUACGGGACUCUUACAGACACUUUACAUUCACAUUUAAUAGAAUCUCCUUGUCAUAAUCAUUUUUCUGGACAUACUGUAUCUAGUAAUAACAGUACAAAUUGUGAGGAUAUAAUUCGUGAUGAAACAGAUUCUGAUUUACCGUCAAAUUAUGUUGCUAUCUGUCAAUUACAAACAUUAGCAAUGCGAGCUGUAUUAAGUGCAACCACAUAAUUAUCUAGGAAAUAUUUAUUGUUACAAUUUUACUACUUAUUUGUCAAAAUAAGUAGUUAAAAAUGAAAUAACUCCAAUUUUUGCAUCUCAUAUUAUAGUUUUUCUUUUUUUUUCUCUCUACAAAACAAUGCAUUUUAUAAUUUGUACACCAUGACAACAUUUAAAAUCUUGAUGUAGUUGGAUUAGGUUUGGCUUCCUUUUCUUUCUCUCUUUUUUCAUUUUUUCGAAUGAUUGUAUAUUAAAAUAAGGAUAUGUAAUUAUUAAUCUAUCUCUGAUCAAUCAUAUGAAAUUGUUCAUUUGAAUUUUGUAUUAGGUAAAAUAUUACAAGUAAACAAUUUCUACGUAAAUCCUAGAUCUCAAUUCCUUAUCCUUUACUAUGAAACAAAUCCAUUCAUUUAUGAUAAUAAUACCUUUAUUGAUAAUUAUAAUUUUCCCAGUUAUACUAGAAAUGUUUUGUUAUCUUUUAGGUGUUUGGUUUCUUUCUUCUCUCGUUUAUUUCUCAUUAUGAUUUGAUUGUAUGCAUGUAUGCAUCCCCUAUUACUUCUUGAAUAAAAAGAACAAAAAACAAGCUUAAUAUGUAUUUGACUGACUUGGUAUUUUCCUUUUCUUUUAUUCUUUCAAAUAAAGAAAGAAUUUGUAGUCCCUUGUAGCUUAGUUAUUUAUUCUUUAUCUUGAUGACUUUUGAUUUUUUUAAAUUUUUUUUUCUAUUGUGGAGAUAAAACCCUAAUUUUAUUAGAUCCAUUGUGCAUUUAUGUAAUAUUGAUUUUCUUUUUGUUUCAAUGAAGUAAUAUUUCGGAUAUUAAUUUUUAAAGAUCUCUCCGUAUAUGGUUUUCUUCUACAAAUAUAUUAUGGAUUGAUAUUUA